AUGCCCACAGUCCCAGUCUUUAUCGUCAUUCGCAGCACCGAUGCGGUUGCUGACACUCCAACUAUCCGUGUUGCAUCUCUGCCGUUUUGCGAUCCAGUCACGUAUCCAUUCAUCACCGACAUGGGCGUCAUCUGGCAUAUGGUGGCCAAUCCAUUCUACGCUGGACAAGAUGGUAUGGCUAUGAUCACAGCCGAUAUGGACCGUGACGACAAGAGGACGGUCAAAAUCGUUAAUGAUCCACGGUUGGAAAUGGUAGACGCGGAGCGUGAUUUGCGAAGACUUGUGGCUUCAGAACUGGAGGGACUCAUGUUGAUCGGUGGCGUGGAUCUCAAGUACAUCCCCGGUAUGAAUAUUGAUGGCGUCGAAAAGACGGGCGGUCUGGCCAUAAUUGAUCAUGGUUCGGGGCUCAAGCGACAGUGGACCAGGUAUGCAAUCAGACAGGUGGACGCACACUGCCCUGAGGUCGUGCCAGCGCACGGUAGUAGAAACUUUGAAGGUCCGAGUAACUAG